UCUACGAGGAGUGGUAGUGUUUUCCUUUCCUAUCAUUUUAGGGAUAUUAUCUCGUAGGAUGCCAAAUAUUCCUUUAGUAUAAACCAAGAAGAUAAAAUGCAGAGCUAUGACAAGAUGAAGAAGCACCUUUUUCGGGUGAAACAGCUUGCAGAUCAAACCGUUGGCAGGGCCGAGAAGACAGAAGUUCUCACCGAAGACCUGGUGACUACCGAGAAGCGAGUGAAGCUGCUCGAGCAGUCAUGCGGCACCACGUGCAAGAAGCUGUCGCAGAUGCUGAGCUAUCACCAGGGCAGCGAGAAAGAUCCAGAGAAACGUCUGAGAAAGCUUCCAGAGUGGCAGGUGUCCUGUCAGCUACAAGAAAACGGAUCCCUACUGGCGGACGGUCUCGGACUGCUCGCGAACAUGUAUCAGUUGUGUGGGGAAGGCUAUUCUGGCUUAGCAAAAGAGAGAAUGCUGGGAGAGAUGGAGGUGGAAAGUCAAGUGCUUAUGCCUUUCAGUGAGUUCCUGGAGGUUGAUUUUCCAAACAUUGCCAAGCUAAAGAAACACCUCAACAAGUUGACAUUGGACAUGGAUGCAGUUAAAACUAGGUACCAGAGCACUGCACGACAGACGACGCAGAUUGCCCCUAACAACAUGGCGGCACAUCAGCAGAAGGUUGACCAAUUAAAGCUGGAGCAAGAAGAAGCUCAGGCUCGGGUUGAGCAAAGCAAGGAUAACCUUGCAACAGAGCUGUACAAACUCUGCUCAAGGCAGGCUGAGUUUGGACGUCUUCUCGUUAAGAGUGUCGAACUUCAACGUGAAUACCACACCAGAGCUCUGAAAAGCUUGGAAGAUCUCAUGCCAAAACUACAACACUGGGAAGGAAUGUUCCUCCAGAAGCCAGUAUAUGACGUACUGCUGGAGGAUCACUUGAAGGCGACCAACAGAGAGAUAGCGGAAGUGAUAGAGGAGUGUGUGUGCGCCAUACUGGACCUUGGCGUAUCGGAGGAGGGUCUCUUCAGAAUCGCGGGUAGCGCGGCGAAGAUCAAGAAGCUGCGUGCGGAGUUUGACAGCGGCACGCCCGACCUGACGGACUACGACAUUCACUGUGUCUGUGGCGCCCUGAAGCUGUACCUGCGCAUACUCCCCGAGCCACUGCUCACAUUCACCCACUACGACGAAUGGAUGAACGCGAAUAGGUUAGAGGAUCCUGACAAGCGAUUGCAAGCACUAUGGACAGUCUGUAAUAAACUACCAAGAUGUAAUUAUAACAACUUUAAAUACCUAAUCAAGUUCCUUGCCAAAGUAGCUGCAGAAUCAGAUCUUAACAAGAUGACGCCAAGUAACAUUGCUAUCGUGUUUGGUCCCAAUCUCAUCUACGCCGACAACAACGAUGGGAUGAAUGUCCAUACGUCAGGGCAACAGAGCCUGAUCAUCGAGACAUUCAUCAGUCAUGCAGAUUGGUUCUUUCCUGGCGAUAUCAAGUUUAGGGUAACUCCUGAGUCUGUUCGUGAAGCGAGGAAAGGUCCCGUAGUGCCAUUAGAAUCACCGCCUGUUGAUGUCAAAGGUCACACCCGGCAACCUUCCCAGGAUUCAUUUGGAAAUCCAGUAGAGAGCAGUAGUAAUAUGCACGAAGAGCCCUUCAGUAUUAACCAGUCACAGCGGCCUAUCAGCACCUGUGGGAGUUUACGUAAAGCUCCCCCUGUCGCCGCCAAACCGUCCGCGCUCACGAUGAGGGCAGCACCUCCCAUACCUCCGCGCACUGACAGCACUAAUGGCAUGUUUGCAUGGAGCCUCGAUCGUUGGCAGCGCCGCAUGUACGCAGGGGACAAAAGCUCGCUGGAGCGGCAUCAGCAGCCGUGCGCCGGCGGCGACGAGGGGGCCGAGAUCUCCAACGUAAGCGACACGAAGCAGCGCCCCCUGCUGUUGUCUGAGCCGCCGGCGGGGCACUCGCAGCGGCCGUUCGUGCCGGCGCAGCCCGACCUGAUCCAGUUCAUAGAUCAGGGCGUAGGACACGACAGACCACCGAUUCCCGAGCGGUUAUCACCGUCAGAGAGGCAUGCACCACCUCCACCAUCGACCUCUGCGGAGGAAUCUCCUGAUCACAGGUCACCGCCAGUGUGGAAAUUGCAGCAGUUGGGCGGCCCUCCAUCGCAAGCUCCUCCAGCCGUGCCACAGCAGUACCGACACCAAUGAGCGCGAUGGGCAGGUGCCGCCAUCUGUUGGCAAUAACUUGCAAUGCUCGCAGAUUGUUUGUAUAGAUUUUAUAAGACUUGCGACGGCUGGCGUGCGCAAGCAUUGUUGCCUGCUUGCUGUCUGAUAUAUUAUAGUAGCAAGUAUAACAUCUAUCAUGUUAAAUUGUACACACAAAUCAUGAACAGCAUAAGAUUUAUUGUACCUGUAACUAUUUACACAUGGUUGGAAUGCCAUGAGAAUUUAGCAUAGAUCAUUUACUGAAAAACCAUUACACAAGUAUAAAUUAAUAAUGAAUAUUUUAACUAUAUUAUGAAUAAUAAGUUAAAACUUUAAGAAAUUGCGUUCUAAUAGGUAAUGAUGAGCAUUAUAAUGAAAAUAUUUUAUGUUAUAAAGGCAUUAACUAACUAAAAGUCAGUCCAGUUUCUCUAUUCACAGCAUACAGAUAACAAAAUGAAAUAUUUAAGGGGCCUUAAUAUAAUGACAAAGCUUUGGCACUUUUUUCACGAUUAUCAUCUUCAUGUUAUGCUUCAUUGUACAGAGCCGUAUACAGUGUCUAUGUAUAUUUAUUCUUUUUUUGCCAAGAUCGGUUAUGCACUUAUUCAAUUGUCAGAAUAUAGCAGUUUAUAGAGAAUAUAUUGCAUUCGAUGAUAAAGGCAUUGAAAUAUGUAUUGAGCCAUGCAUAUUAGUUAUAAUUUUGAAACUCUUGCCAGUUGCUACAGGAAGUGUUGUAGCAGCCAUGUUGUAGCUGCAUUUCUCUCUCACACACACACACAUAUAUAUAUCUAUGUACGUAGGUCAGAGAACUUUAGUGUUACAUAGUUCUGCCCGUGAGGUUGUGAGAUAGGAAAAUUUUCACAUUGGCCGUAGAUUUUCUAAGAAUGUGAGCAAACGGUAUUUGCGUUUGAAAAGAUAUAUAGCUAGAAAGCAGCAUCGGGUUUACGUUGCCAACAAUUGUCUUACCUGAGUGUUUUUGUUUAAUCUGUACCUGAAACACGUUUACCCGUUGCUAACGAAUUGUUUAUCGUUUUGUCGCUAACUCUUUCAUCUAACAGUUUAAUCGUCCUAUUGAAACCGUACGUAUUUGCAUUAUUUAUACUGUCAAGGCAGCUAACUCUGAACAUUUUAAGUCGUCCACACACGUCACUCUCAGUCGUGGACUAGGAAAUAAUCACAUAUCAAUAUAUCAUAUUGGUUAACUUUUAUCCCAUGUGCAGCCGCUUGUGAAAUGGCUCUAUCUGCGUCGCAUGUGUAGUUUUACGCUAACGGUUACGCUGUACUUGUGAUAGGAACUAGUACCUUGUCAUUGCUACGUUGCUAGCGAAGAGCAACUUUCUGCAUCUGUGAUGACGCGUGCUUGUAAGAGGCUCCUCCCCGAGUACUCGCCUUGUUCGAGUCGGUUCGUUCUGUUUGUUAUCGAGUGACAAAGCAUUUGUAAUAUAUAUAGCAGAUGCACUGCAACUUGAGUGCAGCUGUCAGUGUGCAGUGCACACUGACGGCUGCACUGUGCAGCGAGAAGUGGCGUGAGGUUAUUUGGUUUGCGAAUGAAAUUGUCAUGCAAUUAAAAUUAGCAUAUCGCGGGAAAAAAACAUGUUUACUCUUAUGAAAACA